AUGCUCUGGGUCGCGCGCGCUGCUGCGCGCUCACCUCGUCACGUCCCUCGACUCCUCCAGGCUCGCCCUUCGUCUUUCUUCUCGGACAGCCUGCUCCUCCAGCGCAUCGCUGCCCGCUUGGAACUUGCGAAAAGGGAUGCCGACGAGCUCGCCGAGCGCCUUCGCGCGAAUCAGCAACAGCGGUCGAUUGAAGUUGCAAGCAGGCGCGCCCUCGAGACGGAGCAUGACGACCUUUACGAGCCUCUCAACACCAGCGGCAAGAGCAGCCAAGAGCUCGUCGAGGACGAGGAGGAUGCGCGGGACGAGGCGUCCGAGGAACCCGACAGCGAGGAGGAACCGCUCUUCUACCUCGAAACGCCCUCGUACCGCGAAGCCGACCUGCGCGCCGAGCUCGAAGGGUGGGAGCGUCCCGUCUUGACGAACGAGCAGAUCAAGGCGUUGGGCGCAAAAUACUUCUGCAUGGUGGCCUCACCUGCAGACGCGUACAGCCCUGUCGCGCUUCGCCACUCGCUCGUCGACCUAGACGGCCAGCCGAUGAGCGACGAGCGCAUCAAAGAGGCGCGCCAGUGCCGUCGACACCUUACGCUGGACAUCCUCGACUUCCGUAAGACGUGGAAGAACCAGGACAAGGCACUCGUGGACCUCAGUCUCAGCAUCCUCGAGAAGAGGUUCCCCGAGUUUGCGUACUGCCCGGCCGAGAAGGGUGCCUACCUCGACACCCACGACAAGCCUGCCCGCCACCUGGCGCGCUGGAAAGCGAUGCAGUACCUGUUGUGGGAUCACAAGAGGUAUCGCAGGUAUUGGAUCAAUUCGCGCCUGUCUAGGACGGCUACAACGAUCCCGGAGGAGCAAGUCAGGUAG